CUAGCUUCUAUAGCCACAAAGUCAUAAACACCGCCCAUUUCUACAAUUGAUCUUCUUAAAACCUAACCAGACUGCCAACCUUAAAUUAACACAAAAAAUCUAACUUUUGUAGCGAAUCUGACUAGACCUAGCUAGCUAGUUAAAACGUCCUGCUUGGAACAGUUCAAGGAGAAUAAAUAAUGGCGACGCUGGGUUCCGAGUCCCCUUGGACUGGAGGAAAACAAAGCAGUCGUAAUGGAAAUAUAAUUGCAAAGAUCAGACAGAGUCAGAUCGUAGGCCAGGGUUUCAGCCGAGGGACACAGCUCCCAGAGGCUCUUCUCCAGGAGAGGGAUAAGCGGGCUAAAUGGCACGGUAUCCCCAAGCUGCUGCAGAAGCUCCAUGAGAGCAGCCAUCCCAACAGUGACCUCUCCCACACACAUAGUGUACUAAAGGAACUAUCCUCCCUACUUUCCAUGGAGGCGAUGUCUUUUGUCACAGAAGACAGGAAGAGUGCUCAGGAAUCCAUCUUUCCCAUCACAUACACAUUUGACCUCUUUGGUGGAGUAGAUCUGCUUGUAGAGAUCUUGAUGAGGCCUACACUCACUAUGCAGAAGAAGAAACCUAAAAUGAAUGAUGACUUGGUCAAUGACUGCCUUAGUGUUCUUUAUAACUGCUGCAUAUGUACGGAGGGGGUAACAAAGAGCCUUGCAGCCAGAGAAUACUUUGUCCUGUUUCUCUUCACCUUGAUGACGAACAAGAAGACUUUUCUACAGACUGCCACUUUAAUCGAGGAUAUUCUCGGAGUCAAGAAGGCGAUGAUCCAGUUGGAGGGGAUUGCUAACCUGUCUGGUCUGGUCCAGAGUUUUGACCAGCAGCAGCUGGCUAACUUCUGCCGUAUCCUCUCCAUCACAGUCUCAGAACCCGACAUGGGGAAUGACGAGAAACACACCCUGCUGGCCAAGAACGCCCAGCAGAAACAAAACGCUAGCCUCUCACAUGCAGAGGUCAACCAAGUGACCCUCCUAAACAUCCCUGGCUUCAUCGAGCGCCUGUGUAAGCUGGCCACCAGGAAGGUGUCUGAGGCCACAGGGACGUCUAACUUCCUGCAGGAGCUGGAGGACUGGUACACGUGGCUGGACAACGCCUUGGUGCUGGACGCCCUCAUGCAGAUGGCCACGGAGGAGGCUGAGCACACCAGCACAGAGUUGUCAGAUGAGAGUUCGUUGGCCACCAGUCCUCUCAGGCACCGUUUGCCCCAGUCCAUGAAGAUCGUCCAUGAGAUCAUGUACAAGGUGGAGGUGCUGUAUGUGCUCUGUGUGCUGCUUAUGGGUAGUCAUAGGAACCAGGUACACAAGAUGCUAGCAGAGUUCCGUCUGAUCCCAGGUCUCAACAACUUGUUUGAUAAACUAAUCUGGAGGAAGUACACCUUGUCCAAUCACGUGGCGCAUGGCCAGAAUGAGAACUGUGACUGCAGUCCGGAAAUAUCCUUCAAGAUCCAGUUUCUGAGGCUUCUCCAGAGCUUUAGCGACCACCAUGAGAACAAGUACCUGCUUCUAAACAGUCAGGAGCUUAACGAGCUGAGUGCCAUCUCUCUGAAGGCCAACAUACCGGAGGUGGAAGCCUUCGUCAAUACAGACAGGAGUCUAGUGUGUGAUGGGAAGAAAGGUCUCCUCACGCGUCUCCUCACUGUCAUGAAGAAGGAACCUCAAGACUCCUCCUUCAGGUUCUGGCAGGCCAGGGCAGUGGAGAGUUUCCUCCGUGGAGCCACCUCCUAUGCGGACCAGAUGUUUCUGCUGAAGAGGGGGCUGCUAGAACACAUCCUGUUCUGCAUCAUAGACAGUGGCUGUAAGUCCAAAGACGUCCUGCAGAGCUACUUUGACCUGCUGGGGGAACUCAUGAAGUUCAACAUCGACACCUUCAAGAGGUUCAACAAAUAUGUCAGCACAGACGACAAGGUGAAGUUCCAGACCUUCAUGACCCAGAUCAACAGUUCCCUGGUGGACUCCAACAUGCUGGUGCGCUGCAUCAUCCUGUCCCUGGACCGCUUUGAGAGUCAGACAGAGGACGUAAAAGUGGUGGAAGUGCUGUCCGAAUGCUGUCUGCUGUCCUUCUUGGCCCGGGUAGAGAACAGACUUUCUUUCCUCUUCAGGCUGGUCAACAUCAUCAACGUGCAGACUCUCACACAGGAGAAUGUGAGCUGUCUGAACACCAGCCUAGUGGUCCUGAUGCUGGCAAGGAGGAGGGGCAAGCUGCCCUUCUAUCUCAAGGCCCUGAGAGAGAAGGAGCAUGCAGAGAAGUACCCCGGCUGCCUGCUCAACAACUUCCACAACCUGUUGUGCUUCUGGCAGUGUCACUACCUCAACAAGGACAAGGACAGCACCUGUCUGGAGAAUAGCUCCUGCAUCCCCUUCAGCUACUGGAAGGAGACAGUAUCAGUGCUGCUGGGGUCAGACAGGACUUCUCUGUGUGCCAUAGCCAGCUACAUAGAUGAGCCCUUCAUGGACCUGGACAGGGACCUGCUGGAGUAUUAACCCUAGGAGAGUUUGGGCUGGGCUUUUGGGGGGUUGCUGGGGUAUGGACACCUAUCAUGGGUGAUGCACCCGCCAGAGAGCAUAGCCAGAUCAGGGGUCACCCAGCGACCUGGAAGUGCUAUGUGACUGCGGCUGGACACCGACUCGCCGCUAUGCUGUCUAUAACUUGGCCAGGAGGCCGUUACUGAAGAUGAGAGUGGUGAUUCUACGAUCCUGGGCAUCUUCACUCCUUUUCUCUUUGGAGGAGAAGAAGAGAGACUGCACCUGUCUGUCUGUCUCAUACCCCACAUUAAAUAAAUAUACAUUUAUUGGACCUUGAAAUACUCCUUUGUUGGUGGUUUGCUUUAGGUGAAAUCAAAUGGAACCUUUUAUAUAUUACAUAAAUAUAUGGAAAAAUAUAUAUAUAUACGAUGCAACAAAUGAGAUAGAGAGAGAGAGAUAUAUACU